AUGUCGAGCACUGCACUAUGGUUUGCUGUAGUACUAUCGUACGUGAUACAAACAAGAGGGUUCUCUCAUAUUCAAUCAAGAACCUUCCUCUCAAAUUUAAAGGCCCCCGCAAAAGCAACUGCUGAUGCCGCCGCACAAGCAGCUCAGGCUGCCCAGGAAUCAUAUGGUACUAAGACCUUGACUGUCUAUUUGACCUUCAUAUAUUUUGCUUCAUGGUUGUUGGUACUACCUUUGUCGCGUUUAUGGAAAGAUGAUGCUAAGCCUCUUUUACCCUUGGAGAACUCUAUUGCUAGCAAUAGUUCCUUGUCCCUAGAUCAUGAUGAAGAUGAUGAAAUAGAUAAUGUGAUAGAUACUGUCACAGUUGAUAAUCUUCUAGAAAAUGAAGGUAAGCAAGAAGAAUUCUCCCUAUUAUCUGUGGCUACUGCAAAAUACGUUGCCAAAUUAUCGAUCCUGGCUGUAUUGGCUGUCGUGAAUAUUUUCACUUAUAAUAUGGCUUUAUCUUUAUCUCCAGCUUUCGAUGUGGCAUUGAUCGAAAAUACUUCCAUUUUCGAAAUCGUAACUCUAUUAUAUGGUGUUUGUAACAUCUCUAGAAAGAAUUAUGUCUUUAGAAACUUCUUUGUCAUGAUGGUGGCUUUGAUUGGGAUAUUGAUUGUCUCUUACACAAAGGCUACAUGCGAUUUGUUAGCAGGGAAGCUUUCCAUUAAUCAAGAUACCGGAGAAGUCAACGAUCCAUUCCUUUUCGAUAGAUUAAAGGGGGGAUUGAUUUGUGGGUUAGGUGCAUUGACAAUGGGUCCAUUUGCUGUUCUAUGGAAUCGUUGGUUUACUGCUAAGGGUGCAAUGAGAACCACUUUAGCACAACAAUCACAACAUUUGGGACUAAUUGGUUGUAUUAGUAUGCUAAUGUUAUUACCAUUCUUACCAGCUUUGAGUACCUCAAAUGACUACAUCUCACUAUUAUAUACUGACAAGUCAUUCUGGUUAACUAUUAUGGGAUCCAUUAUUUUUGGAAUCCUACCAAAUUUACUAUCCCUGAUACAAUUAAACCGUACUGCUCCUCCAGAAUAUAUUACUACCUGUUUCUUAGGAAUAAUCAUAUUCAUGGGGUUGGCUGAUUGGGUAACUGAACCUACCCAAACUAUGAUUGUUAGAUGGGAAGUUAUUGGGUACCUUAUGUUGGCAAUUAGUUGUGUCACCUUAAGUUACACAUUAGGUGAAAGAAAGAAGAAAUUUUCCCUUUCUUUGUAA